CAGGGAGAAUAAGGAGGAAGAGAGGCUGAAAUCUGUUGUUUUCCUGCCUGUUUUUCUGCUUCCCUCUGCUGCUGUGGCACUGCUUGCUCUGCGCGUGAAGAGGAGGAAAAGAUUUCGGGGGCUGGUCAUGGUGUCCGGUGAAAAGGUGUGGGACCCCCUCCACGCGGGCCUUAUUCAGUCACGUCUGAGUGAACAACACCUGACUGCUGGGCUAACUCCCCUCUGCAAAAUCACACACGGUGCAGUGAAGGACACCGCGUGCCAACAGAGUCGGCGGUUGUCACCUUUGUCUUCCCCGUCUCUGCCCUUGGUGGCUGCAGACACCCUUCAACCGGUCCAGGACUCCUCACACCUCCCUGUCAAUCUCUGCGGCUCAAGCCAGAUCGAAGGGUUUUACAAACAAGUCCCCUGUCUUGGAGGGGCCUCUCAUUCUGAAGAAGAGGAGGAGGAAGGCGAACAGGUGGAAAUGAAGGGUAAAAGGCGCGUAGGCCGGGGAGAGGCCGUGAUGGAGGACAGGCUGGAGGACAUGGCCGACGGACCUAAAAAUGCAAAAAUCACCCUAAGCUUCCCACUUAGUGCCGCUCCCCUCCCAGCCUCCCUCACAUCUCCGAACCACUGUCGUAGCUCUUCCUCGUCCUCCCCUUCCCCUCAUCGGAGGCGGCCAUCUUCCAAGAGCUCGGACGAGGGGUCGCUGUGGAAACUGGAUGCUACCAUGGACGUAAAGCACAGACCUUUUAAGCCCCCGAGGCACGACAGCUCUCCGUCCUCUUCGCCUUCCUCCUCCUCAUCUCCCAUGACUGUUCAUGCACUUAGCAGGAAAGAUAUCAAAUCCCCGCCUCCUCUAAAGUGCUCCAAACUCAAUUCAGACACUCAGUUUCACAGGUCUCCCCCGAGGUCUUACGGCGGAGACGGUUGGGACGAGAGGCACAGGGUAACCAACGGCACCGCCUCCCCCUCUCAAACGGCUCAGAUCCUCUUCAGUCUGGGCACGUCGGCCUAUCAGAGAGGAGGGGAUACAGAGAGGAGGGAAAAAAGACCAGCUGGGAAAGUGGGAAGCCCUCAUGGACCAAGUCUUCACCCGCCCCCCCUGCACCUCCCUCCACCCUUACCGCCACCUCCUCCUCCCCCGUCGGAGGAUCUUACCGCACCCCCUCACUCAUCCUCCUAUCCCCCCACAGCCAGCCUGAAGCCCGAGCUGAUCUGUGGUGUGUGCCAUCGGCUUUUCAGCUCCGCCUCCUCCCUGACAGUCCACAUGCGGCUGCAUCGUGGCAGCCGCGCCCUCAGUUGCCGCUUCUGUGGCAAAGUCUUCAUACACAGCAAGAGACUGCAAUCCCAUGAGUCCUCCUGCCGGGUGCCAGGCCUUCCCUCCAACAGCCUGGGCCCCCCCUCUCUCACUGUAAAGCCAAAGCAGGAGCCACUGGAGGAGGGCGAGGUGAGAGUGGAGGGGGGAGUGAUCGUGGGACAAUCAGAAAUCGGGAAGGCGCGGCAGGGGAAGAAAGCCCGGAGCCUCCUGGCACGUAUCCAAGGUGAUGAUGCAGCAGCCGCAGAGCUACUAGCAGGAGAUGAGCACCAUUUCGUGAAGGUGGUAGAUGGCAAUGUCAUUUACUUCUGCUCUGUGUGCGAACGCUCCUACAUGACCCUCUCCAGCCUGAAGAGGCACUCCAACGUACACUCCUGGAGACGCAAGUAUCCGUGCCACUUCUGCGACAAAGUCUUCGCCCUGGCAGAGUACCGCACGAAGCACGAGGUGUGGCACACGGGAGAGCGCCGCUACCAGUGCAUCUUCUGCUGGGACGCCUUCGCCACCUACUACAACCUCAAAACGCACCAGAAGACCAUCCACGGGAUCAACCCCAGCCUCAUCUCCAGUGAAAAGACAGCCAACGGGGGUUAUAAGCAGAAAGCGAACGCGCUCAAGCUCUACCGCCUUCUCCCCAUGCGCUCCCAGAAGAGACCUUACAAGACUUACAGUGACAGUUUGCAUAAUGGCCUGCUCAUGCCACCGAUCGAGUCACCUUCCCUCUCCCUUCCUGGCUUAGGCUGUACUCUGGGCCCUGAGGAGCUACAAAGCCUCAUCAGCGGGGCCCACCCUCAGAGCGUAAAGCCUGACCCAGAUGACUUCCCUAAUGGCUUCCCUGUUUCAGUAUCUGAGCAUGGUGACCUCUCUGAACUAACAGCCCUCCCCCAAUCGGACAUGCCCCAAGUUAGAAAACAUGAGAGUGAGGCCCUGGAUUUAGAGCAGGGGAGAGGCAGCUUCAAACUGUCUAGUAGCAGCAAAACCAAAACUCCCAAAAGUGAUAGAGGCUCAGAAACAAGCAUGCCUUCUGUGAUAACAUAUGGCCACACAAAACCCUCUGUCAUAGUUCAUGGGACAGCCGUGUCAUCCUCUGUCAUCGUGCAUAGCAACCAGGUCACCUCUGGUAGUGAAAAAAGCCCAGUGAGCAGCCCGUCCCCUGAAACCAGCAGCAGCUCACACAAGACUAUUCCCAGGUCAUUCAAAAGACAGAGAGAUAGCGCAGAGAGCCACAGAAAGAGGUCAAGAGACAGUUCAGAGGACGACUCAAGAGGUAGACAGGGUGCGGAGACAGGCAGAUUAUUUCACAAAUCGCGGAAAUCCCACAGCAAGAGCGACAUGUCUAACUCAAAGUCGCUGUCAGCAUCUGUAGGGUCACAGGUCAAAGAGGCAGGGCCGCUGUGCCAGAUUACUGUUCGUAUUGGCGAGGAAGCCAUGGUGAAGCGCAGCAUCUCCGAAACAGAUCUGAGGAGAGACAAGAGCCACUCUCCUCCCAAAGCCAAACGGGGCGAAACAGUGCGGGAUGCCAAGGACACACGCCACUCCCACCACCAUCACCAUAAACACCGCCCCCACCGCAGAGUGGAAGAAGAGGAAGGAGGAGAUUGUGAGGAGGAGGAGGAGGAGGAGGAGGAGGCAGAGCAAAAGAGCUCCAAAUCCCCCGAUGAAGUGAGGGAGUACUACUUCCGGAGGGAGGUGCGUCAUCAGGAGAGUGACCACGACGAAGAGGAUAAUCUAUGGCGGCCUUACUACUCCUACAAGCCUAAGAAGAAGGCCCAAGCACAUCUACAGAGGGUCAAGAGCUGGCAGAGGAAACUAAAGUUCAAGCGCUCGAUCAGGUUGAAGAGGAGGACAGAUAGAGUCACGAACUGUGCGAGUAAAGAAACAGAGAACUCACAAGACGAGGAAGACGAUGGGGGGAGGGAAGAGGCCGAACAAGUGUCUAAAUCUAACAGAGACAUGGGAGAGAGGAAAAAGAAAGAUGCCCCUCUGAAGGAGAAAAACAAAGAGGCAGAGGAAAAAGUUAAAGCGGCCCGUCAGGAGGUCUGUACUCCUCCUCUGCACUCUCCAAAGCCUCCUACGUCUACCUCAGUGGCUCCCACGGGAAUAAAGAGGCGGCCUUGGACUAAUGGGAAUGCAGCAGAGUGUGGGACAUGCGGCCGCUGGUUCUCAAGCCCCAGGAAGCGAGACAAACACGAGCUGAGCCAUCUGCUGGAGUUUGUGUGCCUCUUCUGCCGGGCCACUUUCCCCUCAAGGGAUAAGUUAGAGGACCACCAGAGAGCCCAGCAUCCCAAGCCUGCUGAAGCCCCCUCUGUACCCCCAAAAGAGGAGCUCGGCGAACAAGUUGAACCUGUGCCAGAGAUCGCAAACGAAGAAAAAGGGGCGCAAAUAGGGAGGAAUUCAAGCCCGAGUCGCCUGAGCAGGAGAGCGCUAUCACGACACACCUGUCCACAGUGUCACAAGGUCUGCAAGACGUCUUCAGCGCUUACUCGCCACAUCCGACGUCAUGAGCUGAGCAGUUCUCCAGAGAGAGAAAAGGAAGAUAAAGUUUCAUCGCCAAAAAAGACAGUUGUUAGCAGCAGAGACCUAGAGACUGAAAAAGGCCCCAGCGCUCUCUCUGUUUCAGUUAUCAGCUAUUUAACACCAGACCCCCCCAGCAGUGCUGACUGCGUGGCAUCACGGCAGCGUGAAGACCACCUCACUGAACCGACACAUGAACAUCAGAUGUCAGAAUCCGGUGACAAACCUGAGCUCACACAUCCAGUUCUAGAGAGAGAGCCCAGCCCACUUCUUGCAGACCCUCCAUUAGAAAGUCCUAAUCCCACAAAAUUCCCGCCCGCCCCGCCCUCUACUCUCCAGAGUGUGCUGGUCAUGAAUGGACCUGAAUGCCUGGACUACCGCACCCCCAGCAAAAAGAGCCUGGACAGCCAGAUCCACAGAAUACCCAGCCCUGUGCACAUUGUGGCAUCCAGCAACACCUCUCAAAAUGUGCCCACGACGUCACAGACCAGAAUAACCACUGCUGCUGCUCCUCCUGUUUCCAUGACAACGGCUCUCAGCUCCGAGGGGGGAUUUAUGAAACGGGAUGGGGUCAUUAUGGACAGAGAGAGGCAGGGCGGGAGUGGGAUAUUUCGUCACGUGGGUUACGAGGAGCCCCCUCGGGUCCAGGAUCUCAGAGUUCAGUCGCUGUCCAGGAGUCCUUCUCCCGACGAAGCACAAGACCUCACCAUGUCCUCCAUUCUAGCGAGAGAGAGGGAGAUAGAGAGGCAAAGAGAGACAGAGAGGGAGCGGGACAGACAGAAAGAAAUGGUGAAAGAGAGGGAAAAAGAGAUAGAGAAGUCCCAUCACAUAAGUAGACACGCCCAGCAGGACCAGAUUUCUCUGUUGGUCCCCAAAGAGGAGCCCUUGAGCCCUGUGCCGUCCCCCCAGCAUAUUCCCACUCACCCCACUAUGAAUGGAUCCUCGUCACACAGGCACACGCCCAAAUCCCCCUGCCGGUCCCCCUCAACUAUUGGCCUCAUAGCUCGUCAGGUUCACUCCAGUUCACAAGGCCUCGACAGACACCCCCUGCCCACUGGAGCAGCUGGUGCGGGUGACCGCCCCUCAGCCCACGCUCUGCUACUCCCCCGGGCCCCACAACCACCUGAGCCGGAGCACCACGAUACUGUAUCUUCCAGAGAUGGGGACGCCACCCCAGUGGGCUACCAUUCCCAUAAUUACCCCAUGUCCCUUAUAGUGCCGGAAAGCUACCACCCCGGUAAAAAGCAGGAGGAAAACCUGCUCAUGUCCUCCUAUCCUGCUGGAGCUCUUCCUUUCGGCCCACUGGGGAAAAUGAUGGUCCCAAGUGGCGCGGACUUGGCUAAGCUGCCCUUUUAUCCGGACCCUUACCAGCUGCUCUACGGGCCCCAGCUGCUGGCCUACCCUUACAACCUUGCUGCUCUUCCUGUGACUCUGAACAUGAUGGCACCUGGUGGGGACAAAGUGGAGCCUCUGCCUUUCCUCCCGGCCAUCUUCAACUACGCAGCCACCGCCGGACCCUACAUGGGAGUGGCCCCUCGGCCGCUCGUUUCGAACCCGGGCCUCUACAGCAGCAGCAGCAGCGGCGGCAGCAGCAAGAAGCCACGAGACAGCAGCAAACCCUAGAAGCACUCUGAGGAAUAUAUUUCAGUGGUGACGGCCUGGCCUGCUAAGGACAGGAGGGGAGGGGGUGCAUGCUCACUGGGUCACUGAGUACAGUCAUACAGCACCCCUGCCUCUCUUUCAAUGAGUGGAGAUCAGAGCUAGGCAUUAAAUCAGGAGUAGGAUGAGGGGAGGAGAAGGAGCAGGGAGAGGGGCUGGUGUUACAGUGACGUAUCACUCCUCCCCUCUCUUUACUCCCGCUCACCUUUCUCAGCGGCUCUCCUGUCUUGCUGUAGUGUGUCGUAGUUCUAGAGCUUGAUUAAUCUUCCUCUCUGACUCAUUAUAUUAUCUAUAAGAAUAAGAACUGCUAACAGGGUGUGUGUUGUGUGACACAUUAGUCGAGUCCCUUUAUAGUCAUAUAAAAAGGAUAAACAGUCUUCAGGGAAGGCUUGUGGAUGAGAUCAGGAUAAGGGAUGAAAAAGAAUUACUCGAGACAGCUCAAGGUGGAGCAUUAAGCAUCCUUAUUUGUAUGAGUGAAUGAUGGAGUAUCCUGUCGUUAAAUUGUCCAUGACAAUAUGUACAGUUGAGCAGGAAUGUGUGCAUGCAGAGGUGGGCCUUGGCAGGUAUGACUGCGUUCGCUUUGAAGAGUGUGUGUGUUUUGGAGUAUGUGUGUGAGUGCCUAGAUCAUUCCGUGUGAGACUUGCACAGCAUUCCUGCUAUUCGGAAUGCUGUAGGUCAAGAUGUAGAAGUGCAUUAAGAAGUGAUUCUUCAUAUCCAAAUCAUUAAGAAGUAAAUGCUAUGGCUGGAUGCGAGUCUAUGACAAUGACAGAUCAUUUGAGCUUCUAACGUCUCAACUAACCUGGUGACUUUGGGGCCCAAAUGGCACUGUAGGAUCUCUAUAGCAUUCACCAUAGUUUAUAUCUUAUGUGCACAAAAAUAGAAAGAGUAGAGGUCACUUUAUGGGGACACUUGUAGCUGCUUGGGAUAUGUAGCUGGCCACUGGGUUAGAAAUAAAGGCUGGUAGGCCAUUGCACUUCCGCUUUUCAUCUCAUUUCCUUCAUGUAAAAUAAGGAAAAGAAUAAAAACCAGUCAGCCUUCAUCUUGCAUAGCUUUUUCCUCUUUGAUUGGAAGAGAAAAAGGCUCCAUUUCCUAAGCCAGGAAGAAGAAAGUGACAGCAAGGAAGGAAAAAGAUCAAUGGAUUCAGGGUAUUUUCUGUAUAGGAAAAGAAAUAUAUGGGCACAAAACUGUUGGACUCUGAGUCAGAAGGACCCACAGAAAUGACUUUUGGGACAAAAAAAAACGUCCUGUUCCCCAACCGAGGGGACUGAGGGGUGUUGGGAAUAGCCUGGGCUAUUUCUCCUCCUUCCCUUAUUACUAAAAGGUAGGAAAAGGCUGAACUUAGCAGCCAAAGCGGUGGCCGAGAACCCCCCAGGUGCCCUCCUGGGGCCUUUUUUGUUCUACGUGUAAUGUUAUCUUUAUAUGUUUGUUUUGUUAAACUAUGUUGUUGUUUAUGUUGUUUAGCCCUCUUACCAGAUGGAAAUGGCUUCAGUGAAAAGGGGGAGUAAACUUUAAAAUAUGAAUGUAAAUUUAGUCAUGAGGUUAAUGAAGUAAAGCUGCAUUAAUGGUAGAGAUGGUUCUUUUUUUUUCUGUUUUGACACAAAUAACCUGUUAAAGAAACCGUAUAACGUCUGGUAUGCAUAUAUACAGUAGUCCUAGGAACAUGUCAGUAAACUUGGGUUCUGUAUCCACACAGCAUGAGCAUCACUUGCUUCCUAACCGUUUAUAUCCUCAGCAGAUCUGGCAUUGUGCGCACAGCUUUUGUUUCCGUUUCCUUCCUCUGGAGGUAUUUCUGGCCUCUUCAUCCUCAUAUCUUUGUUCAUUUUUUUUUUAUUUCAUUGUAGACAAUUCCAUAAACCGUGGGGCCACAUUUACUUCUCACAGUCACUACUUAGGAGAAUUCUCCUUCUUCCCCUCAAACUCGCACACCUCUGAAUGAAGAACAUGUGUUUCGGUGUGUGUGUGUGAUGGUACUCGGGCACCUUUUUGACAGACAGCAGUGUUCAAACACAUGGUGACCAACUGCAGGGGUGCACAAGCAUCCCCCUUGGGUGUGGUUACAAGCCUUUUGCCGGUAGCCGUACGUAUGUGUGUCGUGUACGAGAAUGAGUGCCUGUGCGAAUAUGAAAACCAAAUUAAAUCUGCCGGAGCCGCAGACCCCUUGGCAGUAUAUGGGCCACUUGUUCUUUUUUAAUUUUUCUGUGGGUUAGUUUCAGUGAAAAAAGCCUUGCUGUCUCCAAUACACUAUCUCAAGACAUUCCUAUAGAUGGACAUGUUUGUGUUUUGGACCAUUUCUUAUGCCAUAGUUUGCCAUCAUGGUUAUCAUACAAACCCAAAGCAUGCGAAUCGACGUAUUGUAGUGACCGAACUGGAAUCUGGUGGUAAUAUAAGACUAUUCACUGUAUGUUUUCGUUUUUAAUGAAUGUGCCUCUGCUUUGAUAUUUAAAUAAUUAUCUAUAGUACUAUGUGAAUCUGCCAGAUUUCAACUGUUAAGGUGCCUUGUUAUGGCAUAAGAAAUAUGAAUAGCAAAUGAAGCGCUUUCUUGAGAAAUGACGAAGAGUUGGAGAUAGAUUUCACGGCUUUAUUUGCUCUGAAGCUGUUCAUAGACGUAGGGGUGUGGCUAAACUGUUUUGGUAUCGUGUACAUGUCUAGGGUAAUACUGUGCCAUAUAAAGCCCACAAAAUAUGUUAAUGUUAUUUUUAAAAGAUGUUUUAAUGUUGCCUGAUGACUUUGUCUUUAGAUUUGAUACAAAGGCUUGUAGCCACAGCUCUCCCAAAGUCUGUAGUCUCCUUUUUCCAACAUUCUUCCUGUUCUCUCUCUUUCCCCUUGUUUCCGUCUCUCCCUUCCUUUAUCUUUGCUGCAAUCAAACAAAAUAAAGUAUUAACCUGAUGACCCAAUGAAAUCAA